AUGACCUUUGGAAGUGGGACACAACUGACAGUGAAACCAGAAGCUCCUCCGUCUCCUUCAGCCUACAGACUGACCUCUAAAGAUGAUGAGGAUUUGGAAAUGUGCCUGAUCACAGAUUACUCCCCUGAAAAUGUCGCUUUUUACACUGCUGAGAAGGCCACAUCUGCUGUUGUGGAGGUGGCAACAGCUGAGAACAGCGCGGAAUCGAGCUACCUGUCAACCUACUGGGCCAGGAGAGAUGAAAUGCAGUGUGGUGCCAGUCAUGUGGGCUUUGGAGAACUGGAGGGCGAGGACCCUGAAAGUGGUGCCAGCACUGUCUGUGUUACAGGGCUGUCCCUACACUUCAGGACAGAUGAACACCUGAACACACUGUCUUUAUCACAGCUGGGCCUGAAAAUAAUUUUAAUGAAAGGAUUAAUUUUUAAUGUGGUGAUGACAAUGCUCCUGUGGAAAAAAGAAAAUUGAAAGUAACCGGAUGGUGCAGUCCAAAAAAAUCUCCUGAGGAAUCUUUGAGAGACCAUUGAGAGCAAGAGUGAACACAGGAAUAUUCCUGAUGCAAGGAACAUCUCUUGUUGUUCUUAUAUAUCACACCAACCAUUCUAUUCUAAAUUGCUUUGUUUGCAUUGCUACAAAAUUACUCAAAACUAAGCUUAACAUUUGCAGCUUUCUGCCCCCCCAAAUGGUUCAUUCACCUCUUCUGCAGGCAGCAGACAUUGCUAUAAAUAUAGAUUGCCAAACACCACUGUUACUUGCACUAAAAUGACAAUUUCUGCCUGGAGCAGUGCUGUUUGUUGAAAACUGUGAGUUAAAUAUCACCUGAACAUGAAUUUUUCCUAUUUUGGUAGAUUCAGGGUAUGCAUGUCUCUUAGGGUGCACCCCCUAGCCACCUUUUCAUGUACAAAUAAAACAAUUUGAAAAGCAAAGGGAGACUUUCUCAGGAUGCUGUGCAUCAUCUCCUGCUAUCCUUUGCUAGAUCAGAGCUAGAAAUCCCUUAUUUCCCCUAAAGGAUGUGCUGCUAUGUGUCCCAGAAGUCCUAAAUUCAGUGAAAUUGUCACCUCACUAUCACAGACGAAAAAAAAAAAUAAUUAUUUUCUGAAGUCUAUCUGGCCUUACUAUUUCCUGAAUUUAAACCAGCUUCAGAUUUGGCUUUGUAUUCAGUAAAAAUACAAACCACCUUUGUUCUUUUUGUUUAGGUCUAACAACCUGAGGUUUCCUAACUUCUUUUUAUAACCAUUGCAUAAAAAUAUACUGUAAUAUUUACCUGUCCACGUGUGCCCACCUUUGGACAGUGCAUGCCUGUGACAUUCACAUGCCGCUAAUGCAUGAACUGUACUGGCACCCACACCGUGUCUUGGCAUUUCUUUAGGCCUUUGGCUGUUAUUAAACAAUUCUUACCA